AUGGCAACGACGAGUAAUAACCCAUCAUGCCCUGCACCCAUGAAGGCCACGUCCAACGGGGCAUUCCAACAUGAAAACCCUCUCGAUUAUGCGCUUCCUCUGUUAAUCCUCCAAAUUUGUUUGGUCGUUGCUUUUACUAGAUUUAUUGCAUUCCUUUGCAAACCCCUCAGACAACCCCGAGUCGUUGCUGAGAUCAUCGGAGGAAUACUACUAGGGCCAUCUGCAAUUGGGCGGAGCGAGAAGUUUUUGAAUACGGUUUUCCCAGCGAAAAGCAUAACAGUUCUUGACACACUGGCCAACAUAGGUCUUUUGUUCUUCUUGUUUCUUGUGGGUCUUGAGCUUGACAUGCGUGCAAUUCGACGUACUGGUCGUAAGGCCUUAGGCAUUGCCCUAUGUGGGAUCAUUGUGCCUUUUGUUCUUGGCAUUGGAACUUCCGUUGCUCUUCGAGCCACUUUAUCCAAGGGUGCCGAGCCACUUCCUUUUCUUGUCUUCAUGGGUGUUUCUCUCUCAAUCACUGCAUUUCCUGUCCUUGCUAGGAUCCUGGCCGAGCUUAAACUCCUUACCACCGAUGUUGGUCGCAUAACAAUGUCUGCUGCCGCUGUUAAUGAUGUUGCAGCUUGGAUUUUUCUUGCUCUUGCCAUAGCCCUUUCUGGUUCUAACACAUCCCCACUUGUUCCUCUUUGGGUUUUGCUAUCUGGUGUUGCUUUUGUCACCUUUGUUGUCUUUGCCAUUAGGCCAUUGCUUGUGGCUAUGGCUAGCCGUUCCCUGGAAGGUGAGCCAGUUAAGGAGUUGUACAUAUGCAUCACAUUGACUCUGGUUUUGGCUUGUGGUUUUGUCACUGAUAUCAUUGGAAUUCAUGCCCUCUUUGGAGCUUUUGUGGUUGGUACUGUUAUGCCCAAAGAAGGUUCCUUUGCUACGGUGUUGACUGAGAGGAUAGAAGACCUGGUGUCUGGCCUUUUCUUGCCACUAUAUUUUGUGUCCAGUGGUUUAAAGACUAAUGUGGCAACAAUUAAGGGAGGUCUUUCUUGGGCAAUGCUAAUGCUUGUUAUAUUCAAUGCUUGCUUUGGGAAGAUUGUUGGCACUACUGUUGUUUCAUUACUAUGUAAGGUGCCUUUCAGAGAAGCCCUGGCUCUUGGAUUUCUCAUGAACACAAAGGGCUUGGUAGAGCUCAUUAUUCUCAACAUUGGGAAGGACCGGAAGGUGUUGAAUGACCAAGCAUUUGCCAUUUGUGUUCUCAUGGCCUUGUUUACCACCUUUAUCACCACCCCAAUAGUGAUGUUUGUCUAUAAACCAGCUCGCAGAGGAGCACCUUACAAACACAAAACAAUUCAACGUGAUCUUGACACUGAGCUUCGAAUGCUUGCUUGCUUCCACGGCACCCACAACAUUCCCACGCUGAUCAAUCUAAUAGAGUGCUCCCGUGGAAGCCAAAGGAAAGGAAAGCUUUGUAUAUAUGCAAUGCACUUGAUGGAGCUAUCAGAGCGAUCUUCAGCAAUCACAAUGGUUCACAAGGCACGCAAGAAUGGCAUGCCCUUUUGGAACAAGAAGCAAGAUGGCGAAGAUAAAAUGAUCAUAGCUUUUCAGGCUUAUGAGAAACUGAGCAGUGUCAGUGUGCGACCCAUGACGGCAAUAUCUUCUCUUAAUAACAUCCAUGAAGAUAUUUGUACUAGUGCUCACCAAAAGCGUGCAGCCAUGAUCAUCCUUCCAUUCCACAAACGCCAACGUGUGGAUGGAUCAAUGGAGUCACUAGGACAUUCAUUCCAUGUUACCAAUCAACUUGUGUUAAGCCAUGCUCCUUGCUCAGUCGGAAUUUUGGUUGAUCGAGGUCUUGGAGGCACAAGCCAAGUCCAAGCUAGUGAUGUGUCUUAUAAGAUAGUGGUACCCUUUUUGGUGGGCGUGAUGAUCGUGAAGCACUUUGUUAUGGUAUGA